AUGACAUCCCAAGCUUUUGAAGAAGGCAGAAAAAAGCGUGGUGGUGUGCUAAGCAAGACGAGUGCCACACAGGGCACUGAGCUGAGAAUGUGGCUUGGGAUCGCCAUUCUAAUUUCUCUUGCUGUAUGUUUGGCUGUGGAGGAAGCAACCGUGGAUGAAGGAAUCCCUUGCUCAAAGUACCAGGUAGCUUUCAACCAUUCGUGCUAUGAGUUUGUGAGACUCCAGCGUUCCUUCACAAGUGCCCAGAGCUGGUGUGAGAGAGGAGGAGGGCACCUCAUCUUUAUUGAAAAUGAGGAAACUCAAGAGUUCUUGCAAAAGCACAUUGCAGAGGAUCAGGAAUGGUGGAUAGGACUGAUCUCAAACUCCAUGCUGAAUGAAACUACUGACGGGUCAAUGAUUUGGCUGGACACCUCAAACAUAAGCUACAGUAACUGGUACAAGGAUCAGCCAUCUCCCUUCUCAUCCACAUGCGGGUACAUCCUGAAGAAUGCCAAGUAUCAGUGGGGUGUGACUGACAAUUGCAGCCAGGAAUUUGACUUCAUUUGCGAGUUUGAAUCUGGCAAGAGCAUUGCUUGUGAUAAUUACAAUGCCACUGUACAGUGUGGAUCAGGAGAAGUUAUUCAAAUUGGAGAGAGCUUCUAUGGACGGAAGACCCCUCACUACUGUGUAUCGGAGACUCCCCUCCAGUAUGAUACAGAUGAAGACUGUAGCUGGAUCAGUGUCACAGAUGAAGUAGCAGGCCAGUGCCAUGGUCUUCAGGCCUGCCAGGUGGCAGCGGAUGGCAUUUUCUAUGGAGACCCUUGUCCAGCAUCUGGAAGCUAUUUGUCUAUUCAGUACCACUGCAAGGAAGGUCUGCAGCUGCUUGUAACAGAUACAUGCUUUGUCUUUGAAAAUAUCACAGUCAGUUUGAACUGGCUGCUCUCUCCAUACUCUGGCAACCUUUCCUGCAUCAUUAGCACUGGAGAUGGCCACGCUAUUGAUCCUUACUACCCUCUAACACUGGUCAGCAAUGUCACAUAUAGAUAUUCAUCUCCUGGAGAAUUUACUCUUUCUGUGGAAUGCACCACCAGCGAAUGGCAUGUGAUGGCACAGAAGCGGGUGACUGUUCAAGAUAAGAUGGAUCAACUGCGCAUUACUGGGUGCUAUAGCCAGUAUGAAACUGGGAACAGCUCGUUCUGCCGUACGCUGUAUGGGGACUUGUUGUCGAUUCAAGUUGAACUCAAUGGAGGCAAUGGUGUGUCCUACAUUAUAUUAGCAGAUAACAUGACACUCGCUGAAUCCAGUGCAAAGGAAGGAAUUGUCCCUCACAAUCUGACACUGGACAGUGCCACUCAAGAGCUGCUAGGCCCAGGGAUACAUCAGCUGGAAAUCCGAGCAUCCAGCAACACAACCGCAUUGGAGAUCUCUGCGAGCUUUGCUGUUCACUUCAUUGAGCCAGUAUCUGGUCUUCAGGCUGCAUUAGCUUCUCACACUCUGCAGCUGGGGGAGAAUUUGGAGAUAAAUGUCUCUGUGUCUCACGGCACCCCAGAUAAGCUGAAGUUUGAGGUGAUUGGAUCUAAUGAAACUCACUCUCACAAUGAAGAUGGCCCUCAUGGGGAGCCUCGAACGUACAUCAUUCCCAUCCACUCUGAAGGUACUUUCCUAGUGAAAGUGGUGGCCAUGAAUGCCUUCUCAAACAUGAGUCUGGAUCUUGGGUUCAUCACUGUGUUGGCAAAUAAUUCUUAUAAAGAAGAUUCUGCUACAGAACAAGGCAACUCCAAAACAAGUACCCCAAAGACAAAUGAUCACAAAAGAAAAAACAAAAUAUAUAUUAAACCGAGUCGCCAUGUGGAUCCUUUCACAACUGUUACAUUUGGCUGGCCAGACAACAAUAAUUCCAGUUUUCUCUGGUCCUGUGGAGCUUGCUGGCCUGAAUGGAACAAAUGUGUGCAGCAACAGAUAAUCCUAACCAACCAAACUGAGGUGAAAAUCCCACCUUCCUGCCUUCCUCCUCCAAAAUCAGCAGUGACUGUCAGAGUUACAGUUCAAAACCAUGAUGGUGAGGAGAGGCAGGACGAGCAAUGUCUCUAUGUGACUGCAAAACAAGAACUGCAAGUAGAAAUCAGGUGUGAGGCAAACUGCAAUCCAGUGAAUGCUAGUGAUGAUGUUGUUUUGAGUGUCUCUGGACAGAAGGACUCCAAGGACAUAUAUUAUAACUGGUAUUUAGAUAACACUUUCCAAACCAAGUCUAUGCCCCUCCCUUUAGCCUGUGGCCUGACUGGUUUCCGGCAGAACUCUUUGAAUUUGCUUCAAAGCAACACAUCCGUACUGAAAAUGAACAGCUCCUUCUUGCAGACACAGGGAGAAGCUUUUCAGAUUAAAGUAACAGCAAUGACUCAGGGUGGCUACGGGGAGGAAACGUACCUCGUCAGCACCGUGCCUCCGCCCGACGUCCCCGCUUGUGCCGUGUCUCCCAGGCAGGGCUCAGCGCUCACCACGUUCAGAGUCUCCUGCAGCGCUCCUUGCUUGGUGGGUUCAUGCCAAGCCAGUCCUAACAGGCAGCUCACAUACUGCUUCUACCUGAAAUCAAAUUCUCUCCUGCACUGUGGCCCAGAUCCUGAACUCUUCCCAGUUUAUCUUCCACUUGGAGAAAAGGAAAAUAACUUCAUUUUACAUAUGACAAUCACCGUUAGCAACAACUAUGGUGAUACAGUUCAAACGAAUGCUUCAGUGAAGGUCGGACACGCAGAUAUGACUGAUGGGAACCUGACCCUGCAGGAGAUUGUAUUCGAGAAGGCAAACACCAUCCUAAAAGAUGGGAACAGCAGCAUAAGCCUUUUCCAGCUGUAUAAGUCAGUUACCUCAGUCCUUAAUCAGGAGACCCAAGAGGAGAGCUUUAACAUAUCUGUACAGGCGGACACACGAAAAGAGCUCCGAGGGCUGAUGCUGACAACUCUCUCUGCUGUUAACGUAACAUCAGUGCAGACUGCUCUUAAGAUGUCAGAAGUAUUGAAAGAAAUCACUUACAGGAGUGAAGAGCUGUCUGUCUCAGCACAGGUGGAAGCUAGCAACACUCUCAAAGAUGUCAGUGCUUCCUUGCUCACUGUAAACACAGAGGACAGCAGAGAUGAUCAGAAGUUAAAAGAUGCAGCCAACUACCUAUUUAAUGCAGUAAGCAAUGUCCUUAAGGCUUCCAUAGAAAUCAAAGCUACGAACACUUCAGUGCCAGAAGCAGAACAGAGUUCAGUAUCACACCAGCUCCUGAAUACAGUUGAAAAUCUACAGAGUGCCCUUCUGUUGGGGAAAGAACCGGAUGAUGAACCAACUGUCCUUACCACUCCUUCUGCCACCAUGUACAUACACAGAUUACAAACAGAAAACAUGGAUGGCACAUCCAUUAAUAUCUCCAAUUCCAGCUCUGCCAGCUUUACUCUCCCACCUGCUUCUUCUCUCAGUGUUUCAGGAGCUGAUGAUGAAACAGUGGAUAUACGGAUGGUGAGCUUUGCCGUGAAUCCCUUUUUCUCCACUGACACCAGUUUUGACAUCAGUGGAACAGUGGGAGGUCUAAGUCUUACUGGUCUGGAUGGCUUGAUCAUACCGGUCAGCAAUCUCAGAGAAAACAUUGAGAUAAUAUUACCAAGGCCUUCAGCAGCUCAAGAAGACAGGAUUCUGUUGAAUCUGGGCAAUUUUAGCACUUUUCAAGUGAAUGUUACCUCAGAAAACACAUCUGUAGUGAUCCACCUGGAAUCUGAACACGACAUUCCACUAAUACUCUACUUAGGGUAUGGUUAUCAUCCAAAUGAAACCAACUAUGAUAUGAAAAAUCAUCUGUUCUGUAAGAAAACUGCUGGAGGUGAAACAAACACCUGGGUUCUUAGCCCAGAAGAACUCAUUUUUGGAGAGGGAACCUACUAUUUCAUGGUUUUACAAGACAUGGCAAUGGAUUCCACAGUCUAUGACAGGCUAACUAUAGCUGUCACUUGCUUUGCAUCCCGCUGUGUAUUUUGGGAUGAGCGCCAAGGGAACUGGAACAGCUAUGGAUGUCAUGUAGGACCAAAAACAAAUCCUACAAGCACGCAGUGCCUCUGCAACCAUCUGACCUUCUUUGGGAGCUCCUUCUUUGUCAUACCCAAUGCCAUAGACGUUAGCAAAACUGCACAGCUAUUUGGUACAUUUGUGGACAACCCCGUGGUGGUGACAACUGUAGGAUGCAUCUUUUUGAUAUAUAUAAUUGUAGUUAUUUGGGCUCGAAGGAAAGACAUCCAGGAUGAUGCCAAAGUGAAAAUCACCGUACUGGAAGACAAUGACCCCUUUGCUCAGUACCGUUAUCUUGUGACAGUUUUCACAGGACACCGCCGCGGGGCAGCCACAACCUCCAAGGUGACUCUCACCCUCUAUGGACUGGAAGGAGAGAGUGAGCCACACCAUCUGACUGAUCCUGAUACACCCGUCUUUGAACGUGGAGGAGUGGAUGUUUUCCUACUCUGUACCUUCUUCCCUCUUGGGGAACUGCAGAGUAUUAGAUUGUGGCAUGAUAAUUCGGGGGACAGUCCAUCCUGGUAUGUGAAUCGAGUAUUGGUCCAUGAUCUGGCAUGGGAUCAGAAAUGGUACUUCCUCUGUAACUCUUGGCUAGCUGUUGAUAUUGGAGAAUGUGUUCUGGAUAAAGUGUUCCCAGUAGCUACAGAACAGGACAUGAAGCAGUUCAGCAAUCUGUUUUUCAUGAAGACCUCCAAGGGUUUCCAGGACGGGCACAUCUGGUACUCAGUUUUCAGCCGCUGCCCACGAAGCUCCUUCACACGAGCCCAGCGCGUGUCAUGUUGCUUCUCACUGCUUCUCUGCACCAUGCUGACCAGCAUCAUGUUCUGGGGAGUGCCAAAGGACCCAGCCGAGCAGAAAAUGGAUUUGGGCAAGAUCGAAUUCACAUGGCAGGAAGUGAUGAUUGGCUUUGAAAGCUCCCUCCUCAUGUUCCCCAUCAACCUGCUCAUUGUGCAGAUCUUCAGGAAUAUACGGUCCCGGCCAGCCACGGAGGGGAGAGAGAAGAAGCCGGCAAAGAAUGGUCGAGUGUCCCCAAGCCUACCUCCCACUCCACAGGUCACCCAGGCUGUCUCACUCACUCCAGAGGCUGAUAUAAGAAGAAUUGCCAACUCGCUCUUUAAAGCUCUGAAGACUCCACCUCUCACUUCAGUAUCAGAUCUUGGAAAAUCAACUAACAUCAACACACUAUUGGCACUGGUUGAGGACAUCAUCUGCCAGCAGAACAGAGCUGGGCAAGACUUCUAUGAUGAGAGCAAAAAGAAGGAGGACCCUAUAAUUGUCACAUUAGGUGCUAUGGGUAUACAAGAAAAAACAAGAAGCCCAACUCCAGAGAAGGGAACGUGUGAGCGACUGAAAUACAGCGAUUACAAUCGCUGCUUGUACAUGCAACUCCAGCAUGUAGAGAUGGAGUUGGAAUUACUGGGGCCCCACAAAUUUCAGAUGCCUCAGAGUUACACACAAGCUGUUCGUCAGGUUCAGCACAUGAAGAACCUCCUGUGGUCCCUUACUCCAAGCUUCUCUGGUGAUGGCAAGAAAAGCUCUUCUUCCAAAGGACUGCCCUGGUGGUUUGUGUUCAUUGCUUGGUUCCUUGUUGCAGCCACCAGUGGUGUAUCUGGGUUCUUUACCAUGCUCUAUGGGCUGCAUUAUGGCAAGGAGAACUCCAUCAAGUGGUUGAUAUCCAUGGCCAUCUCCUUCUUGGAAAGUCUUUUCAUCACACAGCCCUUAAAGGUGCUGGGAUUUGCUGCUUUUUUUGCUCUGGUUCUGAAGAAGGUAGAACAUGAGGAUGAAGAAAACACAGCUAUCGAUGGGCCUUUAUCUGCACCAGGUGAUUCAAAUCCUCUCUUUGGAGCCCGAAGGGACAGUAGAAGCAAUAUUUACCAGCCACCUCCUGCAGCUGAUGUGGAGAAAAUGAAAAUCAGCUGUAUGAAGGAGCAGAAAGCAUUUGCCCUCAUCAGAGAAAUCUUAGCCUAUCUGGGAUUUUUAUGGAUGCUGUUACUGGUUGCCUAUGGGCAGAGAGAUCCCAAUUCCUACUACUUAAACAAACACAUUGAGAACAGCUUUACAGACGGAUUCCACGAUGUCUACAGUUAUCAGGAUUUUUUCACAUGGGCAAACACCACCUUAGUCAAAAAUCUUUAUGGAUCAUAUAAAGGAUUCAUCACAGAUGGCAAUUCCAAGCUGGUGGGUAGUGCUCGAAUUCGCCAAGUAAGAGUGAAAGGAGACACUUGCCCUAUUUCUCCCAAACUCCAGCACGUGCUUCGGGAAUGCCAUGCUCCAUAUUCCCUACAAACAGAAGAUACAGCAGAUUAUGGGGAACACUGGAAUGCUUCAGUCUUUGAUAACUCCUCCGACCUGAGCUCAGCAUGGCACUAUCAGAGUCAGUCCAAACUGAGAGGGCACCCCAUCUGGGGCAAACUGGCCAUCUACAGGGGAGGGGGCUACACAAUUCACCUGGGAACUGAUCCUAAGAAUGCCUCCAGAAUUCUCCAGUACCUUUUCAACAAUGUCUGGCUAGACACCUUCACAAGAGCAGUGUUUGUCGAAUUUACAGUCUACAACGCAAAUGUGAACCUGUUCUGCAUCAUAAGCCUGAUGUUUGAAACCAAUGCUUUAGGGGCCUUCUUCACAAGUGCAGAGCUGCAAAGUGUCCGGCUUUACACAUACACCAGCAGCCUCCACAUCUUUGUGGUUGCAGCAGAAGUAAUUUAUUUCCUGUUCAUCGUGUACUACAUGAUAGUACAGGGAAAACUGAUGAAGACUCUGAGAUGGAGAUACUUCCACAGCAAGUGGAAUCUCCUGGAGAUGGCCAUCAUAUUGAUUAGCUGGAGUGCCCUGUCAGUGUUUGUGAAGCGGACAAUCCUUGGGACCCGGGACAUCAGCUACUACCAGGAACACAAAGAGGACUGUGUAAGCUUUAAUGAAACAGCAAGAGCUGACGCGGUUCUUGGCUACCUGAUUGCAUUCCUAGUGCUUCUCUCCACAGUGAAACUGUGGCAUCUCCUGAGGCUGAACCCUAAACUAAACAUGAUCACUUCAACCCUAAGGAGGGCAUGGGGAGAUAUCUCUGGAUUCAUCACUGUUAUUGCAAUCAUGUUCCUGGCCUAUUCCAUCGCUACAAACUUGAUAUUUGGCUGGAAGCUCUGCUCUUACAAAACACUCUUUGACUCGGCAGAGACCAUGGUCAGUCUUCAGCUGGGAAUCUUCAACUAUGAGGAGGUCUUGGACUACAAUCCAAUUUUAGGCUCCUUCUUAAUCGGAUCCUGCAUAAUUUUCAUGACAUUUGUGGUACUGAAUCUGUUCAUUUCAGUGAUUCUGGUUGCUUUUGGGGAGGAGCAGAAGCACUACCAGGCUUCUGAAGAAGAGGAGAUUGUUGAUCUGAUGCUAAUGAAACUUUUCAGUUUCUUCGGGAUCAAGUGCAAGAAGGAAGAGAAGCCAGUCACUAAUGACCAACUGGAAUGACUUGUCAACAAUUAGAUGAUAACCACAAUGAAAAGUUGCUUUGUUUGCGGGUGAAAGCUUUACUUUCUAUCAGUUGCAGCGACUAGACUUAGGUAAUCCUGGCUCCUGACUGAAACGCUGUGGCGUUCCACCAACUGACGUGUGAUUUUCGAGUAUUAGCUAAGAAAUAACGCUAAACCUAAGGCAAAACAAGUGUCCCACGCGCACCUCCUGUAGACUUUGCAUCUGUAUUUAAUAAAAACUGAGCGUUUUCUGCGCCGCUUGGCUAAAACCCACUCGCUUUCCUCCAACCCGCGCCACGGAAAGAUGGCGACCCCCCUCAGCCGCCUUUCUCCCGCCGGC